AUGCUUUGCACCUCUGACGCGCCCGUCAAGGUCCCAACCUCUCGGCCUCCCGCUCAGCCUGGGGUACCACCGGGACUGCAAGUCAUAUGCCUCGGGUUUCCGCGAACAGGCACAUCUUCUCUGCGAAAAGCCCUCGAACUGCUAGGCUACACAUUCCAUCCGAAAGAAUCGGCGACGGAGAUGGGGCUGAGCACCACCGAACGACGGACAUGGAGUCGUGCUAUCGAUGCCAAAAUGUACGGCCGCGGUCGUCGCUUUGCAAAGGAGGAUUGGGAUGAGCUGUUGGGUGUGGCUAGCGGGACUACGGCAGUCAUCGCUGACCUCCCUCACCUUAUCUUUUCCUCCGAGCUCAUCGAUGCAUAUCCGCACGCUAAGAUCAUCCUCACCACUCGCAAGGCACGUAACUGGUGGAAAUCAUACUCGACAAUGGUCGAGAUCCUCCUUGCGCCAGUGGCCCGUUUCCCAUUCGUUCUCCCCUGGAAUCAACGCUCAGUGCUUUCCAAGCGCAAUUUCAACGUCAAAGCUCUCCGCGCCAUCUUCGGACAUCCACAGCCAAACCCCGAGCAAGCGCGAAAGCGUUAUGAAAAGCACUACGAGAGCAUUCGAAGACUGUUGCCGAAUGUCAAGCCGGAGGGAGCUUACAUAGCACUCGACAGUGCGGCGGCACUCGGCGCAAAAGACCCCGCUGUCAACUUGAACGAAUUUCACCAACGACGUCUGGAGUACCGGGUUGGGGAAGGUUGGGCACGCCUGUGCGCCUUUCUGGGGAAAGACGCGCCGGCCGAAGAGUUUCCGUACACCGAGUCGUGGCGUCAGCGUCAAGGGUAUGGUACUGGGAUACUCCGCCAGUGGAUCAACGGGUUUCCGUCCAUUGAGAGUUCCCUUAGGACUUCUCUUGCCUCAAUCGUAGUCGGUUUGGCUUGCGCCGUCUUCGUCUACUCUGGAGCAAGACGACUAGGACGGUGA